GUUGUCACCAACAGCCAAACCAAAUAGCCCAUCACCACAUUCACAUUCAUACACUUCAAGAAUCUCUCCAUCAUCAUGGCCGGCUCGCACUCCCACAAGAACCACACCAUCCGCCGCGAGGUGCAGCUUUUGAACUCACGAAGUGCCAAGUUAUGGCAAUGCUGCAACUGCCUCGAUGGCUGGUUCUCUACCAAGUUGAACUCCGCGUGCCCCACCUGUCACAACUACCGCUGCGACCAAUGCAAAUACGCCGCUAGCUAGACGGCUCGCUCGGGGCCCUAGUACACCGGGGCCGUCAAUACCAUCAAGGAGAAUGCAGGGGUUUCACUUCUCACCAUUGUUUCUCUACAUUGUAUCUUCUUUCUCUCGUUUCCUUUGUUGAGUUUCAUUUUCGCUUUGUCUCGAACAGCCAACUGGGUGCAGGAAGAUGUGGCCGGUAGCUUUGUGCCAAUACUGUUUUCUUCAUCACGGUUUAGACAUAGAAUAGAACUCCCUACUGGAGGACACUUCACCAGACAGAUUGCAUAGAUUUCCUU